AUGUUGCGCUGCCUGAUGAAAAACAGCGCUGUGCAAACAGCUGAUUUUUGCGUCUAUCGAUCUCCGUCGCGCAAAGUUCCUUGCCAUUUUCACGCUGAAAGUCUAUCUUGCGAAAACGAUGCCGUCACCGCGUGGUCACCGAUGCCUAGUUCGAUCGAAUUUCCCAGGAAAUGGCUAUUUAUUUGAACGAGAGAAACUCUUGAGCAGCGAAAGUAGAAAGAGAGUUUAAAACAAUUGGUAUUAUACCGAUAUGAUUUUGGUUUGGUUUGGUUUGCUUUAUCUAUCUAUGCGUACAUAAGUCCAAGUUUUAAGACCAAAGUUCAAAGCUCGAAAGUUUUACGACAAAUGUUGUAUUUAUUUCAAGUUUGGGAAGAUAAAGUAGUUUUAUCCAAUGAAAGAAUCGCAAUUGAUCAACAAAGAAUUAACAAAGAAUAA